AUGGAGGACCACGUGAGCAUAUCUCGUUCGCCGCUGCAGCGGUAUGAGCAGCAGCACGAGCUGCAGCAGCAGGAGCAAGAGCGGAAGCAGCAGCAGCGAGAGCGGCAGCAGCAGCAGCAGCAAGAGCGGAAGCAGCAGCAGAAAGAGCUGGAGCUGCAGCAGCAGCAGCAGCAGCAGCAGGACAGCACCCGCACCUCGCCAGCAGCAGCAGCAGGCCGAGACGACUCGACAGCAGCGGAGGCCAGUGUGAGAGGAGACGAUCCAGCAGCAGCAGCAGCAGCAGCAGCAGCAGCAGAUGAGGACUCUGUGGCAGUGGGCAUUUUGCCUUCAGGAGAUGGAGCAGCAGCAGCAGCAGCAGCAGCAGCAGCAGCAGCAGGCGGUGCCACGCAUCGAAGCAAGCACCAAAGAGGAAGCAGCCGCGUCCUGCCAGAGCCGCCCUACCGGCAGCAGCAGCAGCAGCAGCAGCAGCAGCACCAGCAGCAGCAGCAGGAUGGGGAGCAGGGGGAGCAGCUGCAGCAGCAGCAGCAGGAGCAGCAGCUGCAGCAGGAGCAGCAGCAGCAGCAGCAGCGGGAGCUGCGCGACGUGUGCGUGGGCAGCUCGUACGUGCCCCGGGUGAGCAGCAGCAGCAGCAGCAGCAGCAGAAGUGUCUCUUCUCUGCAGCAGCCGCUGCUGGGGGCCCCCUCGAGUUUGCUGUCGGAUGUGGGGCCCCACAGCUGCUCCCGCGUGGCUAGCCAGGCAGCUAGCGAGGCCGCGGGGCAGCUAGCUGGGCCCCUGCGCAGCAGCAGCAGCAGCAGCAGCAGCAGCAGCAGCAGCUUGCGGGAGAAGCUGCUGGGCUACGGGCGCUGUCUCUUCAAGCCCAGUGUCUCCUCAGAGGGGGGCCCCCAAGAGGUUCCCGCGCGCCCCCAGUACCCUCUUCCUCCCGGGGGGCCCCCCUGGGGGCCCCCCUGGGGGCCCCCCUGGGGGCCCCCCUGGGGGCCCCGCUGUGGGCGUCGGGAGGGGGCCCCGCGUCGGGCCCGUCGCUGGGGGCGUGGUGGGGGCCCCCCGGGGGCCCCCUGGAGCCUGUUUGGGGGGGCCCCCGGGCCCCAAAGGGGACGGAAGCUGACAGUGGUGGACAUUAGCGAAGGAUGCAUGCAGCGGCGGAGUGUACAGACACCCGAGCUGCUGCGGCUGGUGCACCUGCACAACAAGAGACAGGAACUUUUGGAGACAAAAGUGGGGGCUUUGAAGCUGCGGGACUUGCGACAAGUAGUGUCUCCUUUUGGAGACGGGAGGCCCAGCAUUGAAGUCCGCAGGAACUGUCUCCUCGUGAACUUGCCGGGGGAGGGUUUGCGGGGCCCCGAGGGUUUGGACCCCUACGAGUCGCUGAUUUCCAAACUUCUCCAUUUGAGCGAAUUGAAGCGCUCGGGGCCCCCCGAGUUUGCAGUCCUCGAGGCCCUCCUAGUCCACGCGUGCGAGAACUUGUUGGGGGAGUUGAGUCCGCUGGCAGCAGCAGCGGAGGGUUUGCUGCUGCUGCUGCAGGAGGAGCGCAGCAGCAGCAGCAGCAGCAGCAGCUUGCUGCGGCGCUGCUCCGCCCUCAAAAGGAGACUCUGCAGCAGCAAGGAACUCACGAAGGGACUCCAAAAAGCCUUGAAAGAACUCAAUCAAGAAGGAGACAUUUCCAGAAUCGAACUCAGUCGUUUUUGGGAAAACGACCAACUCUGGGACUGUCCCCAAAGGUCUGCAAACGCAGAAGACGCGGAGAUCCUCCUCGAGUGCUACGAGCAGGAAGUCGAGGCCAUCUACCAAGUGAUCGCGCGGACGGAGGAGGCCCUGGAAGACGCGCUGCAGCUGAUGGAGCUGCAGCUGGCUUCGACUCGAAAUGCUUUUCUUAAAAGCGAAAUUGCUUUGGAUAUCUUAUCCGCUUUUUUCGGGUUUGUUGCUGCUGCUGCUGGUCUCUUUGGAAUGAACAUAAAGAGCGGCUUGGAGAACGAGGAAAGGGUCUUUUGGGCUGCUGCUGCUGCUGCUGCUGCUGCUGCAGUGGCGCUGCUGCUGGCCGUCUACUGGUGGUUCCAGAGACAGAAACUCUGA